AUGAAUAUAAGUAAAAGUUUACCAUAUCAUAACAUGAAGACACCAUGUUUUCGAACAUUCUCUUAUUAUAUUGAAAAACAAAUGUAUGAUGUAAAAACGAAUGGAAUUAGUGUUAACAAUAAUAAAAUUCGGGUACUAAUAGCAUUUGUGACAGGUGAUAUGCCAGCGUUAUCUAAAAUGUCGAAUCAUGUUGAUCAUACAGCUUAUUACAGUUGUAUGUGGUGUUAUGUAAAAGGUCGAUAUUCACCUGAAUGUCGAUGUAUUUUAUUUAAUGGUGGUAUAAAUGAACACCCAAGAACAGAUGAAUCCUAUUUAAAUGAUAUCUAUAAUGUACAAAGAUACGGUUAUCGAGAUCAUUAUGGUAUUAAAGGAGAAGCAAAUAUAUCAUUAUUAAUUGAUACAAUUGAUUGA